AUGCCUAGUUUCACCGAUUCUUUUUGGACCCCCGACUAUGCGACGGGUCUCGGGGUACUGUACGGGAAACUGCAGCAGGGUGUGGUGGAGAACAAGCAGAUCCUGACCAUCGCAUCUAUGCGGGCGGAUGCGGAGGAGGCUUAUGGCCUUCGUAUGGGAGAAAUUGCACCGAGCGUGGAUCGAUUGUCAAAUGCAGGUUUUGGCAAAGAUGAUGGAGCGAGUGUGAAAAAGGCAUACGAAGGUGUUCGGACUGAAAUGAUCGAGGCUUCUCGCAACCACCAGAAAAUCGCCAACAACAUCCGUGAACUCGUUGUUACUCCCUUUCGCCGAUGGGGCGACCAGCAUGAAUACCGCGUACAGGCUUCACAUGAUAAUCUCCAGGCGCGGAUCAAGGAACAUACGAAGCAGGUGGAACUGGUCAAGAAGCUGCGCAGCAAUUACUUUAACAAGUGCCGCGUUGUGGAAGAUUUGGAGGAGGAGAACAAAUUAGCUUUUCAGGAUCCUGAAACUUCUAGUCCUAAAGUCAUCCCGACUCCGAAGAUUGUGCUGCCUACUGAGGAGGAGCCUGAGGAGGAGCCUGUUGAGCUAGGUGACCGAAUUUAUCCGCCUGAAGAGGUUAAGAGGCUUUUCUUGCACAUUCUGAAUACCAUCAAGUUGGGUGAGGUCAAGGUACCGAUCAUCGGCACAUAUCAGAAUACCUCCUCUGGUGCAGCCAUCGUGGAGUACAUUCUCAACAACAUGGGUACUUCCAGCCUGGUUCAGGCCGAGCGUAUUGGACAGGAUCUGGUUGAUGAGGGAUUCCUCCGUUUGAUCGGUAACAUUGGCAGCAGCUUCGUUAAUAGCUCGAAGAUGAAUUACCAAUGGCGCUCAAAAGUCUUCCAGAUCACUGGAAUUCCCGAGAACAAGAAAUCCCUGAUGCGGGUCACUUCUAUGGCCUCGAGUGAGGAUGGUGGUAGUGUCAGCGAGUCACCCAUUUCAUCGGUUUCGGAGAUGAUUGCUGGCUGGAACCCUCUCAACAACCCUUAUCCAAACGAAACUCCCGCAGACAAAUUGCGGCGAGAGGCUACGGAAGCCGACGAAAAGUACAAAGCUGCUGUCCGCCGUCUUGACCAAAUCCGAUGCCAACUACAGGAAGAAGUCAUUGGGAACCUGCGCUUUAUGGAGCAGUGUGAGCUAGAUCGUCUCAAGGCUAUCAAGGCAGUGGUGCUCGACUUUUCCGGUGCCAUCAGCAAUGUCAUUCCUAACCUGCAAAGCACAGUCGACAACAUGAUGCUUUAUCAGGAGACUAUUCAGCCUCUUGGAGAUCUGCGAUAUCUCCUGGAGAAUUACCGCACUGGUGGCUUUGUUCCACGGGUGCAAGCAUACGAGAACUACUAUGGUUCCGUUGAAGAACAAAAUUUCGGCGUCGAUCUUGAAGCCCGGGCUCGGGUCGAUCGCAAACGCGUGCCUAUUCUAGUUACCACUAUUCUGACUUACUUGGAUGACCAUUACCCCGAGCUCGAGGGCGAUGAGGCCCGUCGUGCCAUUUGGCUUCACAACCCACCGUUGGAGGAGACGCAUAAGUUGCGUUAUACCCUGAACAACAGCAAAGUGGAUUACCGCGAAGUUCUUCCUCAAUAUGAGAUACCCAUCGUUGCCAGCGUUUUAAAACUAUACCUUCUUGAAUUGCCAGACUCCCUUGUUUCUUCGCAAGUUUACGAAAUCGUCAAGACCAUUUACUCGACUACAGCUCACGAAACCACGGAAGAGGGUCGGAUAAAAGUCCUGCAAAGCACGCUUGGACAGCUCCGUCUCGUCAACAUUGCCACGCUUGAUGCUAUUAUGACCCAUUUCACACGCCUGCUUGAUUUGACUUCAGCCGACGAGCAGUACACUUCUACGCUUGCACAGACCUUGUCGCUUUGUGUUCUCCGGCCUCGCAUGGAGAGCAGCCUCACCAUGGAUGAGCGACACAGCUACCGUCUGAUACGCGACCUCUUUGCCCACAAGGACGCCAUCUUCGGCGAGCUAAAGCGCCAAUCCAGCGCCUUGGGAAUUUCAACUUCCAGCCGCCCUCGGGCCAUCAGCACUGAUGAGAGCAACCGCCGCGCAGCAAUGGAAGCUCGCCAACGCGCCAUCGUCAACCGCAGUCGAGCCACCAGCCCUACAGGUCGUUCCCGACACCGCCGUGACCGCUCAAGUGGCGCAUCAGAGAAUGGCCGGUUCCCCAUCAACGUAGCUGCCAGCCCAGCGGAUCGUCGCUCAGCUCCCCGCGUCAACACCCUAGACGUCCCCGUCAAAAACGACUCUCCCACCAACGCCGAGGAACUUGCCGCUGUGGAAGCCCAGACCGAAGAAGCAGCAACAAUUUCUCCUUCCGACUCUCCCGGCUCAACACCUGCCAGCGCCACCGCGUCCCUGCGUUCCGAGAGCCCUUCACCUCCCACCGACUCCGUCUCCGACGGUUCUCCAACCCCAACACCCACUCCAGCCCCUGCUUCGGGCGAAGUUGAAAAGCGCAGCUCCAUUUCCCGCAACUCCCUUCGGAAUACCCGCAAGCCAGGCCUCGGCAGCAUCUCCAGCUUCCCUACGUUAGCUGGUAUCAACGCCACCGGCACUGACAGCAACAGGAGUAGCGUUGUCGAGAGUGAAACUGCAGAGCCAAAGGGCGUAACUCUAGAGGACAAGCCUAUGGAUGAUUAA